CAUAAGAAAGCAACUCCACCCUUGCUCCGGCUGCAGGAGCAGAGAGCAGCAGCAGCAGGUCAGGUCCCGUCCUGAUUUGGAUCUAAACUCACCGAGCACCGACUGGACCGCCGUUCCUUUUCACCGCCCCAUCACCUCCCCCCCACCCCGGUCAUGCUCUCCGCGGGACUCUGCGUGUCUCUGCUGGCCGUGUCCUGCGCCGUGUGGCCGCCCGCUGUCCGGGCGGCUGCCUGCGAGCCGGUCCGGAUCCCGAUGUGCCGGUCCAUGCCGUGGAACAUGACCAAGAUGCCGAACCACCUCCACCACAGCACGCAGGACAACGCGGUGCUGGCCAUCGAGCAGUUCGAGGGGCUGCUGGGUACUGGAUGCAGUCCAGAUCUACUCUUCUUCUUGUGUGCCAUGUACGCCCCAAUCUGCACCAUCGACUUCCAGCAUGAGCCCAUCAAGCCCUGCAAGGCGGUGUGCGAGCGGGCGAAGUCCGGCUGCGAGCCGGUGAUGAAGCGGUACAACCACAGCUGGCCCGACAGCCUGGCCUGCAGCGAGCUGCCGCUGUACGACCGCGGAGUGUGCAUCUCACCUGAGGCCAUCGUCAAGGCAGACGGACCAGACCCAUACCUCCAGGACCCCUCCAGGUGUAACCCAGAAUCCAGUCCAGACUUUCCAAUGGACCCCAACAACUUUCACUGCCAGGGAGCAAAUGGAGUUCGCUGCAAAUGUAAGACGGUCAAAAUGGGACAGAAAACGUACGUGAACAACAACUAUAACUACGUCAUCAGAGCGAGGGUGAGGGAGGUUAGAAAUCGUGGCCUGGAGCCCACGGCGGUGGUGGACGUGAAGGAGGUGCUCAAGUCCUCCCUGGUCAACAUUCCUAAGGAGAUGCAGACCCUCUACUACUCCUCGUCCUGCCUGUGUCCUCCUCUCAUCGCUGGGGAGGAGUAUAUCAUCAUGGGCUACGAGAAUGAAGAAAGGUCCAGGUUGCUUCUGAUUGAUAGCUCCAUUGCGCAAAAGUGGAAGGACAAAAUGCGCAGGAAAGUCAAGAAAUGGGAUCAGGCCCUGCAGGCAUCCUCAGCAUAUUCACGCCGAAGUCGCCACUGAGAUCUCACCCUCUGUCUGAAUGCGUGUGUUGGUGUGUGUGCAUGUGUGUGUGUUUGUGUUGAUAUUGCACUAUAACAGGCUGUCGUAGCUGAAUGUAGUUCAUCUCUUCAUUUUUCAGACUGAUUGGUAUCAGAUUUUGGCCUUGUCAUUUUCUUUGCACAGACAUUAUUCAGUGUGUUUUUGUCAUUGUGUCUCUGUAUGUAUGUAUAUACAAACGAGUGGAGAGGCGGAGCUUUAAAUAUGUUGGCAAAUGCAUAAUUCUUUUUUUUUUCUUCUCUUGUUUUCGGACCAAACGUUUUUUCAAAGGCAGCCAUAUUGGCUCGAUUGCUCCCCUCCAGAUUCUGAUUUUAUAUAAUCCUGGAUGAGGCCCAAGUUACCAUGGUGAUUGACAGUGAUUGAAGUGACAGCAAAGCCAUGUGGGUUUUCUCAUAAUGGAUGUGGAACCACGAACUGGACUUCACUCAGCUUAAAGAUGAAAGAGCAUUUACCAACACGGGAACAAGAACAUCUACUGUUGCCAAAGAUUUCUGGGUUCUGGAUCGGAAACCCUCCUUUUUAGUAGACAAUAAACUUAAAUCAGCUGCUUACAAUGUGGUCAUGGUUCAUAUUGUUUAAUUUCAUGGGAAACCUUAAAGCUGAACAACCAGCUGCUCAUAAUUUACAAAGACCCAGAAACUGACGAUACAGCCCCAGACGUAGUCUCAAAUCCUAGACAGGGUGAGGUUGUUUGGUCUGUUUGGUUUUUAUUAGUUAGUUGUUUCAUUUUGUUGGUGAGUUCGACAUGCAGACUGUGUGAAUUUUAAACGGAGACCAAUUCACAGGCAACUUCUUUCGGUGUGUUUUUUAACAGUUGCCAGGGUGACAGGCCUCAGGGUAGAAAAUCUGAACCUGACUUUGAAGUUUGCACACUGCACGAACACAAAAUCUGACCAGGUGUUUUUGGUCUAGUUUCUAAUGCAGGGCUUAGUAUACUUAAAGUAAAACAAAGGUAAAUUACAAGAAACUUUUCUGCAAGAUAUGAGCUUUAUUUAGGUAAAAGAUUCCUUAAUAUUGAUUCUAAGUGGAAUUAGUAUUUUUUAAAUAUUUUAUAAGUUGUUCAUAAAUUAGUUCUCACCUGUUUCAGGUGUGUUUUUGUUUUGUCUAAUUUCACAAGAAACCAGACCAAAGAUACUGUGUAAUAAAUUCAGUGUAAUAAAGAAUUUAGCUGCUACUUGGAGCUGCGCUAACACAUCAGUGGUUUUCAACCAUCUUUAUUAACUCCAAUUUCAUUACCUUUACAUGGGAAUUUUAUUUUUUUACCUGAAACAUGUCAGUUUAAAAAAAUAUUAUCAUCCACAUGGGAUCAUUUCCAGAAAUGAUUUUAUACACAUAGAAACAUCAGGAACAGCCCCAAAUGGUGAUUUUCACUCACUGGACCUGUAAGUAAAGCUAAACAUGUAGCGUAGGACAUGCGCGUAUGGCCUCCACACAAGGUUAGCGGUAAACAUGAGAAGAAUGCGAAUAACGUAAAACAAAAACACGAGUGGAGUGUUUCGUCCAGAGCGAUGGCGAGGUUGAGCUUCUUCUCUGUCACAUUGGACUACAAAACCAAUAAACUACAUCACAGCGUUGACUGAGAGGCACAAUGGUUGAUGUCUUUGAGAUUAUAGAUCAAGAUACAGAUCGGUCUAAAUGUCUCAGUGUUUUCGCUAAGGAGGGCAAGGGCCAGAUUUUCACUCUGGACUUAAUUUGAGAAAAAGGUAUUUUAAGGUCCUCUAAUUAUGAUUCCUGACCUUAACUGAGGCUUAAACGUUCUGCGUUGCUUUGUAACCUCCAGGAUGAGUCGUUAAUGCCUCUGGCUGUAAAUUUCUCCUCUGAAGCUUCACUACAAUUCACUACAAUUCGAAAUCCUUAGAUGUUGGGACUUUAUAUUCUGCUUUUUGAAAUCUUUCAUAUUGUCAAAUGUCCUGUUUAGACGAUUCAUUGAUUCUAAAGGACCAACAAUAAUGAGAAAUGGGAUGUGGUAGACAUCUAAUUUGUGAUUUAAUAAGAAGGAGGUAGUUACCUUUUCCCAUAGCAUACAGUUAAUCCCAAAAUUAUCUGUAGACCUGGCAGACUUACAUUUAAAAUGAUUUCUUUUUUCAGCUAAAAAGUUUGUUUCAUAUAAAGUUAGCAUGAUAAAAACCAGCCUCUUGUUCUGCACUUCGUGCAGAAGGCAUGGACGCUGUUGAAGUUUUACAUUUUAUCCAGUUGCUAAAGUUUGGCAGUGAGGUAUGUAAUGCGCCCAUUCAACAAUUUGAAUUUGCCUGCGCUGUAAAGAACCAUCCUCCAUUGGAGAGAAGGGCUGUUAAUGUUAAUUAUAUAUUUAGAAGUGUGGUCAACACGGACUGCAUACCUUUGUUCUCUUCCUGCGUAUUUUUAGUAAUGACUAAGACUAGCUGAACAAGCUAGUUUUAGCAAUAGCAGCGGAGGAAACAAACAAAGUCACUAGUUAAUAGCUAGCUAUAAACUAGAAUUGUAGUCUAGCUAGCUCUUUAGCUCCUGCCACAAAUUCUCAGGUUGAAGUCCAGACUUUCUGCACCAAAACAAUAAUAUUACUUUCAGUCUGCAGAAAUUUGUGGUUAAUAUUAAAAGAUUUGUUUAAGCCUAAAUCUGCCAGGUUUAGGAAUUAUUUUGGGAUUGUACUUCUUUGUUGAUUUGGGGUCAAACUGAAACUGACAUUAUUUUCAGAUCCAUAGUUUCAUUAGAUCAUGUGUACAGUUUCGAUUCUUCUAUAUCCUGUAUAUAGAUAUAUAGUUAUGUAUCCAGUAUACAUAUAAUUUUUGCAUAUCCUGUAUGUAUGUAUAAGACCAGUUUUUUGUAUUCUAUAAUUUUUUUAUGUGCGAUUGUAUGUGUUAAGUUGAAUAUGCAAAUGCAGAGAACCAAAUAAAAACAAUUUUAAGCAA